UCGGGCUGCAGUCGCCUCCAACUCUCGCCAGGCCCCCCGGAUGACGGCCCGCUCGCCCCCGGGCCCGGCGCCCCCCGGCCGGGGCUGGGCCCCCGCGCCGCCCCCGCACCGGCUGCGCGCCCUGGCCCGCGCCUGGCUGGACGAGGACGCGCCCUGGCCGGACGCGGCGGGGGCGGUGGCGGGGGUCGCCGCGACCCGCGCGGAGCUGCUCAGCAAGGCCGGGGGGGCCCCGGGGGGCGUCCUGGCGGGGGCCCCCUUCGCCGAGGCCGUUUUCGGGGUGUCGGGGUGCCGGGUCACCUGGAGGGUGCCCGAGGGGGCGGCGCUGCCCCCCGGGCGGGCGGUGGUGGCCGAGGUGGAGGGUCCGGCCGCGGGGGUGCUGGCGGGGGAGAGGGUGGCCCUCAAUAUUUUGGGGCGCUGCAGCGGGGUGGCCUCGAUGGCCGCCAGGGCCGUGGGGGUGGCCCGGGCGCAGGGCUGGGCGGGGGUCGUGGCGGGCACCCGAAAAACCACGCCCGGCUUCCGCUUGGCGGAGAAAUACGCGCUGGGGGUGGGGGGCGCCGACCCCCACCGGGGAGGUUUGGGGGGGCUCAUUCUGCUCAAAGACAAUCACCGAGCGCUGGCGGCGGCAGCGGGGGGGCUCGAGCAGAUGAUUUUGGGGGCGCGGCGGGCCGGGGGCUUCACCCGCCGGUUGGAGGUGGAGUGCUCGAGCGCGGAGGAGGCGCUGGCGGCUGCGGGGGCUGGGGCUGACAUCGUCCUGCUGGACAACCUGGCCCCACAGGAGCUGCACGCGGCGGCGGCGCGGCUCAAGGCCGCGCACCCCGGGGUGACGGUGGAGGCCAGCGGGGGCAUCGUUUUGGAGACCCUCCCCCAGUUCUUGGGGCCCCACGUCGACGUGGUGUCCAUGGGGUGUCUGACCCACAGCGCCCCCGCCCUGGACUUCGCGCUGCGGGUGCUGGAGCCCUGAAAUCCGGCCCGGGGUCCCCCGAAAACCCAGCCUAGAACUCCCAAAACGCGACCUGGGGCCCACAGAAAAACCUGCUCCAGAGCCCCCGAACCCAACCUGAGAUGCACAAAUCAACCCCGGGGAGAGCGAAACUCAGCGUGAAAAUCCAAAAUCCCCCCCCGGGAAUGCUCAAACCCCAAAGGCCCCCCCGGUAAGGGGCUGUAAAAUCUGGCACUGACCCCUCCCAUCUGCCAGGGGCGCCAAUGCCCGAGACCUCCCCACCUCCUGGGACUCCAAAAUCCAUCUUGGGACCCACAAAAUCCAUCUUGGACCCCAAAAAUCCAUCUUGAUUUACCCCUAAAUCAACUCUGGGACCCCAGAAAUCCACCCUGGGGCCCUCCAAAACCCACCCCGGGACCCCCAAAUCUCCCCUGACACCCCACAAAGCCCACCCUGAGGAUCCCAAAUCUCCAUCCUGAGGUUUCCCCCUUCUCCCUUUUCUCUUUGUACCCCCU